ACUAAGUCGCCUCUAUUGGCAGCACUUAAAAAUAAAACUUUCAUAGAGUAAAUAAAAAAUCAAGCAGUAAAUAAAGAAUCUUAUUUCACUACAACUAAUCCAUAUCUUUCCAAAACCCUUAUCUCCCAGGGAGUCUAUCGUCUCUCCAAAUCCACAUCCCCAAUGUCUCUCCAAAAUUGAAGCCCAUCGUCUUCAAAAUCAUAACAGCUUCGUUUCUCCAAAACCGAAACCCGGUCGUGGAACGUUUCUUCAAAACUCCAUCGCCAACGGAAGGUUUUCCCAAAUGAAAGCUGAAAUGGAAGGAGUUAUAGAACAUCAUAGUGACCCCGAUGACGAAGCCGUUAAGUUACCCUUUGUCUCUAGCAUUAUUAGCACUUCUCUUUUUCUGUGAAAAGCCCUAAUUAGUAGUCGAUCUGAAACCUUUUAUUUGUAAGGAAUUGGAUGAGAUGAAACAAUGAUUAAAGGAGAUGGAAUAUGAAUCUGUUGCUCUCGUGAGAUGCAAGCCAAAGUUGCGAAAGACAUGGGUUCUGUUCAAGUAGGAUCAUACGGACACAACUUGAGUGGAAUUAUAUGGAAGAUUAAUACAGCAAAGCCAAUCGAAUUGGAUGAGAUGAUGAAACGAUUAAAGGAAAUAGAAGAUGGAGUUGCUGCUCCCCGUGAGAUGCAAGUCAAAGUUGAGAAAGAAUGGAACAAGGCUCUCAAAUAUUACAAAUGUCGUCGACCAAGGAGUUUGAAGGCGUUUAGUGUUUUAUUUUCUAGUCAUUAUUAUAUGCGUACAAUGACAAUAUGAACAAUAAAGUAUUGUAUAGUAUUUUAUUAACUUUUUAGUAAAGGAAGUAUUUAUAAUAUUUAGCUUGAGAAAUA